AUGCUGCAAAACAGAACCGCGGUGGGUGCUGCUGCCACAACCACCACUGUAACCACUAAAAGCAGCAGCUCUAAUGGUGAGGGGGAUUACCAGCUUGUUCAACAUGAAAUCCUGUGUUCCAUGACCAACAGCUAUGAGGUCUUGGAGUUUUUGGGUAGGGGGACAUUUGGCCAAGUGGCAAAAUGCUGGAAGCGUAGCACAAAGGAAAUCGUUGCCAUUAAGAUCUUAAAGAACCACCCUUCCUAUGCCAGGCAAGGUCAAAUAGAGGUGAGCAUCCUCUCACGCUUGAGCAGCGAAAAUGCAGAUGAGUACAACUUUGUGCGUUCAUAUGAGUGCUUCCAGCACAAGAACCACACUUGCCUUGUUUUUGAAAUGUUGGAGCAGAACCUUUAUGACUUCCUCAAGCAAAACAAGUUCAGCCCUCUUCCAUUGAAGUACAUAAGACCUAUCCUUCAGCAGGUGGCUACUACUGCCCUAAUGAAGCUGAAAAGCUUGGGGUUAAUCCACGCGGACUUGAAACCAGAGAACAUAAUGCUAGUUGAUCCAGUUCGCCAGCCUUACAGAGUGAAGGUGAUAGACUUUGGUUCUGCCAGUCACGUAUCAAAAGCGGUAUGCUCCACCUACCUACAGUCUCGAUACUACAGGGCACCUGAAAUAAUUCUUGGGUUGCCGUUUUGUGAAGCAAUAGACAUGUGGUCCUUGGGUUGUGUCAUUGCAGAAUUGUUCCUUGGAUGGCCUCUCUACCCUGGUGCAUCAGAGUAUGAUCAGAUAAGGUACAUCUCUCAGACUCAAGGACUACCUGCAGAAUAUCUUCUCAGUGCUGGAACCAAGACCUCAAGAUUUUUCAACAGAGAUCCAGACUUGGGCUAUCCAUUGUGGAGGUUAAAGACCCCAGAAGAACAUGAAAUGGAAACUGGAAUCAAAUCGAAGGAAGCUCGGAAGUAUAUUUUUAAUUGCUUGGAUGACAUGGCUCAGGUGAAUAUGUCUACAGACCUAGAGGGCACAGAUAUGUUGGCUGAGAAGGCAGACAGAAGAGAAUAUAUAGAUUUGUUGAAGAAAAUGUUGACCAUUGAUGCAGAUAAGAGGAUAACGCCAAUGAAAACCUUGAACCAUCCUUUUGUUACUAUGACUCAUCUAUUGGAUUUUCCACACAGUAAUCAUGUGAAGUCUUGUUUCCAGAACAUGGAGAUCUGCAAGCGAAGGAACAACAUGUAUGAUACAGUAAACCAAAUUAAGAGUCCUUUUACAACUCACGUUGCUCCCAAUACAAGCACAAAUCUGACGAUGAGCUUCAACAAUCAGCUGAACACUGUGCACAACCAGGCUAGCGUACUGGCUUCAAGUUCAUCUGCUACCGCUACACUUUCCCUGGCAAAUUCAGAUGUCUCCCUACUGAACUAUCAGUCAGCGCUUUACCCACCAUCUGCAGCUCCAGUGACUGGUGUCACACAGCAAGGUGUCCCUCUACAGCCUGGAGCAGCUCAGCUCUGCACCCAGACAGAUCCAUUCCAGCAGACAUUUAUUGUUUGUCCUCCAGCAUUUCAAGCUGGGCUUCAAGCAACUACGAAGCAUUCCGGCUUUCCUGUUCGUAUGGACAGUAGCGUCCCAAUUGUGCCACAAGCUCCGGCUGCUCAACCUCUCCAGAUCCAGUCAGGAGUCCUGACGCAGGGAAGCUGUACACCACUAAUGGUAACAACUCUUCAUCCACACGUAGCCACCAUCACUCCGCAGUAUGCGGUACCAUUUACCUUGAACUGCGCAGCCGGGCGGCCGGCCUUAGUUGAACAGACUGCUGCUGUACUGCAGGCUUGGCCUGGUGGAACACAGCAGAUCUUACUGCCAUCCACAUGGCAGCAACUUCCUGGUGUCGCCCUUCAUAACUCUGUUCAGCAGACAACCGUGAUCCCCGAAACUAUUGGAAGUAACCAGCAGCUUGCAGAUUGGAGAAAUGUACAUACCCAUGGAAACCAGUAUAGCGCACUGAUGCAGCAGCCAUCAUUACUUGCUAACCAUGUGACUUUGGCUGCGGCCCAGCCUCUAAAUGUGGGGGUUGCUCAUGUUGUUCGGCAGCAACACAAUGGAAACUUGUCAGCAAAGAAAAUCAAGCCACAUCAAUCGCAGAAUGCCAAGACCCUCUCUGCUUUGGAUGUUAUUCCAUCACAAGUUUAUUCACUUGUUGGAAGUAGCCCACUUCAUGCUUCCACUUCAUACAACACGCUCCUUCCUAUCCAAGAGCAACGCCAACCCAUUGUGAUUCCAGAUACUCCUAGCCCUCCUGUGAGUGUUAUCACCAUCCGCAGUGACACUGAUGAGGAAGAAGAUAGCAAGUACAAACCAGGAAGCUCUGGGAUGAAAAUGAGAUCUAAUGUUAUAAGUUAUGUUACGGUGAAUGACUCUCCAGAUUCCGAUUCCUCUGUUAGCAGUCCGUAUGUGGCUGACCACCUUUCAAAUCUUAAUGGUGUUAGUGGUGUUUUUAAUGUUCCUGGUAGCAGAGGCGCUCAUCCACAGAAUUCCAGCUCCCGCACAAUUAUUGUACCUCCUCUAAAGACCCAGAUUCAUGAUUGCAGUUUGGAUAAUCACCUGUCAGGUCUUGGUAAUACCGGCAAGUCAAAAUCUUCCACAUCUUCAAAUGGACAAUCAUCUGGCAGUUGCAUAUCCCAAACAGGCUAUCGUUCCCAUCGUGUGGUAAAUGGAGUGCAGCCUCUCAACCUCAGUCAAAACCAUCAGUCUGCCUCAAUGGGAUCCCAAGAGAGAAGCAUGAAUCCACCUCCUCGUAGGCAACAAGCCUAUGUUGCUCCACUUCCAUCAAUCUCUCAGGCUCCAUUCACGUUCCAGCACAGCAGUCCCAUGCAUUCCACUGUGCACCCCCACCUUGCGGCAGCUGCGUCCGCCACCAGCCAUCUAACCAGCCAGCCUCACAUGUACACAUAUGCUCCCACGUCUGCUGCAACCCUGGGGUCAACUACAUCCAUUGCUCACCUGUUUUCCCCUCAGGGCUCUUCAAGGCACACAACUUAUGCUACACACCCCAGUACUCUUGUGCAUCAGGUCCCUGUCAGUGUGGGGCCAAGCCUACUUACCUCCGCCAGUGUGGCUCCUGCACAGUAUCCACACCAGUUUGCUGCCCAGUCCUAUAUUGGUGCCUCGAGGGGUUCUGCAAUCUACACUGGAUAUCCUUUAAGUCCAACCAACAUCAACCAGUACUCAUACCUAUAA